CAGCAAAGCCUCCGCCCAUCUCGGCAACCCACUUCCCCACUUCUCCCAUUCUGUUUAUAUUCUGUUACAUAUUUGCAGGCACUCUGUUAUGCCUUUUCCGUAGGUUUUGGUUCCUUUGUAACAGCUUUAAGCUGCUAUAUAUAUGUACACUUUUCACAUAAUGGAAACUAGGAUUUCUGAGCUCUUUCAGAGACGAUCUUCCUUUAUUUAUGUUCACCAUGAUCCGACUUUUACGGUGUAAAGAAGAAAGAAAGAAAAAAAAAAUAUAUACA